AUGGUUGAGGAGACUCCUCCUCGGAUCGAGGAGAUCUUGGAAGGUACUCCGAGCAAAUUCCCUGAGCCAUCGAGGGUAAAAGAUACUUCCUGCUGUGAUAAGCAAACAGUUGUGGUGCUCCACCGGGAAACGUUCAACAAGUCCCGAGCCGAGCUGAGCUGGUGUGAGGCCAAUCUCAAAAGGCUUACUGAGGAGAGAGAUACCCUCAAAUGCCUUUAUGUGCAGAAAGGGGAGGAUCUCAGAGACCUCCGAGCUGAAUUGGCCAAGGCACGUAAGGAAGAGGCCGAGCUAGAUGAGCAAAUAACUAACCUUUUGAAAGAGUACGGUCUCUACCCACCUGUGGAGGCUAAUACUUUUAUAUCUCAGUUACAGCAAAAGCUGGAAAGGAUUGAGUUGCUUCGAGGGGAGGUCGACCAAGUCAAAGCCGACUAUGAUCGAUGGAAGGAGAACAUGGACCGCCUUGCUGCAGAGAAAGAGGCUGCUUUGGCCAAACUAGCGUCGGUCGAGGUCGAACUUCGCGGUGCUAAAGAGAAAGGUUCAGCCCAGGCCAAAAGAAUCGAGGAGCUCGAAGCCAUGCUUGCUGAGGCCAAGGCAGAGGUCGGGGAGACGAAGAUUGCGGCUGACAAAUCCAUAGCCGUGUACUUGGCAGAUGCCGAGGCUGAUCAAACACAGCUAAGGGAGGCUUCCGCUCGAGAGCGACGAAGCAAUGACUUGGCGAAGUGCCAAUCCCGGAGGGAAACCCUCAAGGAAAUCCAUGCUCGAGGUUUUGACCUCUCUGAAGAGAUAGCUAAGGCUAAGGCGCUUGAAGCUGAUGCCAGGUUUCUUGUCUCCUCCUCCUCCUCCGACGUUGAUGAUGAAAGCAGCCAGGGUAGGUUCGAUAACGAUGAGGGGCUCGAAGAAGAAGCUGCACCCAAGGGAGAAACUAGCCCCGUGCAUAAUUAG